GCCGUAAUGAAUGCAAGAGAGGAGGGAAGCUGCAUGAAGUCCACUUUCCAGUUCUGAGUGGCCCACUGGACCCUUCGCCACCAUGGGGAGAAAGAUCAAGACUGUUUACCUCCUUCCUCUCCUCCUUUAUACUGUGUCUGGUUUGAAGAUACGAAACAAGCUGCUGGGAACAUGCUUGCAGGUGCAAGAUGGAAGCCCAGGGGGGAGAGUGUCCCUCGGAGAAUGCGACCCGCAUUCGGCCUUACAAGAAUGGCUGUGGCUGCCUGGCGGCCAGGCUCUUAGCAACCGUUUCAGCGGGGAGUGUCUGACUGCACCGGAGGAGCAGUUUGAGGGCGUGCGCAUGCAGCCCUGCGACGCCCAAAUCCAAAGUGAAGAAGCUGGUGCAGAGUUGGGCGGCGACGCAGGCAGCCAGAAAUGGUCUUGUUCCAAGAAAGGCCACCUGACUUCGCUGGGGAAGGGCCUGCACUUGAGUGCCGCGCAAGAAUCUACUUUACUAUUCUUAUCGAGGGAACAUAAACAGCAGGGAAGCCGUUGGAGGACAUUGGACAACCAAACGCUGUGUGAUGGCAGAGACAGCAAACAUCACCAUCACCACCACCACCAACAUCAACACUUUCUGGAAAGGUCAAUGGAACAUGUUCUCUUACCAAUCACUGAAAUGAAUGGACAAGCAGCUGCUGCUGCUACAUUUGGUGAUGGCGUCACAGAAGGACUUCCAGUAAGAGACGUGUCCGAUGUUUUAUCCCCGAGCACCAAAUCCCCUGCAGACCCCACCAUGGUCUUCUUCAGCAUGGACUAUGGCAUGGGCUGGAAAAUAACCAUGUUGGUAUUAAGCUCUUUGGCUCUCGUCCUGGGAACGGUGAUCCUUAUUCUCAAUGUUUAUUCCAAUAGACGGAAAAAGGUGGUGUGCGUUCUGAAGUCGUACACUCCGAGGCCAGAGGCCGGUGUUCCAGGGUCCCCGGUGCCCAGUGAGAGGGCCCCGCUAACCGAGCACGCCAUGCGCCUCCCGCUCUCCUCCCCUACUCUGCAGCGAGGAGAGAUCCUGAUUGAGUGGAAGGAUGGCAGCGUCACGCCACUCUAUGAGGCCUGAAGGUUGUGCCGUCAAUGUGAUGACACGCAACUCAAAGCAAAAUUGACAUUUUAACGACGUAACAAUAAUGGAGGAUGUUUAUGUGCACUGAACGUGACAAAAAUCAAUUAUGCUCUUCAUUUUGUUUGCUCCAUUUUCAGAGCGGAGACACUCAAACAGUCGGGUUUUUGAGUAGCACGUUAUUAUGAUGACAUUGACAUAUGACUAAUGCUUUGUGUGGAAGAAAAUCCAGGCUUCCCUACACAUCUUACAAUAUAGCCAACUACAGUAGAACCACGAUUCACAAACCUAAUUGGUUCUUAAACAGAGUUUGUUCAUCAAAAAGUUUGUAUAGCCUCUAAAGGCCUCAGAGGCCACAUGCAUGGACAGCACCUUUUAGCUCUUAUUUCCAAAAUUGUGUACACUACUGAAUUGGGGUCUUAUGCCGCUUAUGUGGACACUUAUACUGCCAUUUGGUGGUGUCAGAAGAGUAUAACAUACAAUGGAAUUUGGAAAAAAAAAAAAGGUGUAAAAAUUAAAAUUAGCAUGUCACUACACAUGAAGUACACAUUUGUGUACUUAUGGACUAAGUACAUCAUAUCAAAAGAUGAUUUUUAGUUUUUAUUCUAAUUAGGGUCCAAUAAGCCCAAAUAGCAAAGAGAAAUAAAAAAAAGCAUGUAAACAAACAGCUUAAUGAAGCAAAUAUCUCCAUAAAAAAACUUUGUAAAUAUGAAUAGUUGAUUCCAGCUUUGACAAAAGUCCAUAUUUUAGUAAAAGUUUGUAGAUUGAACACACUAAAAAGUGCUAUACAGUACUGUAUACCAAACAAACAUAAUAAAGGGGUGAUGGAUCAACCUUUUAUUGAAUACAAAGCCAAAACAACAACAACAAGCUAAACUGUUGACACGCACACACAUUGUGUGACUAGUCAUGUGGUGCGCUCACAGUUUGAAAUCACAAAACUCCUUAACUUUACCAGCCAGGCCGCUACAAUGAUUAGGAAUAUUUAAAAAAUACAAAUAAAAAAAUGUGUCACUUAAAUUUGUUGGUAGAGGAAGGAGGGGGUUAGGGUGAGUGGGCAGUGUCGACAACCCUGUGGAUUUCCCCCAAAGGUUUCAAACCACAUAUUGAUUGUCAAUUGCUUUUUUGGACUCAUUUUGAUUUGGCAAAAUUUGGAAAAUGCUAAAAAAACAACAAAAAAACCCACUUAAAAAUUACAUAAAGUAGCACUGAGAACUGUAACUGACUGAAUUAGCGCAGAAAAUUGAUCAGCCCGCCCACAGUGGAUGUGCUGCCGGCCACAAAAUGGGUGACUGAGAUAGCCGCACACUGAUGGAAAGUUCGUACAACAAAGUAUAUUUUUACUCGGUCUGCGGUCCAUUUGUCGAAAAGUUCAUACAACGAGGGGUUCGUAAACCGAGGUUCCACUUUCUCCGUCAGGCAGCUGCAGAUGCUAACGUUGCUAACGCGCGUGCCCUCCCUCACCGCUUCAUGUCACGUUGUGUGUGAUGGACGACUUCUGCUACGUUGCAAAAGAGCAGAGUCACGGUGUUUAUGUAAAAAGUAAAGAUGCACUUCUUGGAACCACACGCUGUCGGAGAAACAGCUCAUUAGCAUUAAAGCUACAGACACACUAAUUAUCCCCAGUUGGUCUUACUAAAAAAAGGUGUAAAUUCCAACACAUUUCCAAUGCCCUACUGGGACCUGUGAGACUUUUAACUGGGGAAAAAUAGUAUAAUACGUGGUCUUAACAAAAAUAAAUGUCAUUUGGGGGAAUGGAAAGGAUAAUAAGUCACAUUAAAGUCAUUUGUUGUAUUAAACCUAAUCUAUUAAUGGUUUGUUUACUGGUGCCUUACUAAAGUUUUGUUUUUGUUUUUUUACUUGGAAGAAUGUUGUUUUGUAGUCUUUCUUACCAUAAUUCCCAGUUGCCUUUAAGGCUGGAAAUAUCUGAUGUAUUUACCUUAAUGACAACCAUGUAAUAAAGGAAUAAUGGUUUAGCUUUUCACUUUUAACCAUUAGUUUGGAUAAGUUAGAACUCAGUGUUGUUCUCCAUGUAGUGCACUUUCUUGCAUUGUUCAGUUAUGUACAGUUUAUGUUUUUCCUUUGAAUGUAGGUUUAUAUUGACCAUGACUUCCAAGGUAUGUUAAAGAUAGGUAGGUUGUAAGUUUAACUCUAAAUAACUUUAUUUUUCAAAAUAAACAUUUUGCAAGUUUUAAAGCUAUUGUUUCAUGUAAUAAAACGUGAUGUUUACCA